AGUUUAGUCUUUGACCAAAGAAACCAAACCCAACCCAACUCUCUCACUUUAUAUUUUUUUUUCCCUAAUUUCGAAAAAGAAGAUAUUCAUUCUAUUCGCGUGGUUUUGACGACGAAGAAGGGAACAACGCAUAACGAAGACGACGAUGGGUGAAGCCGUGAAGGAUGGAAGAGAAGAAGUGAUUCAGGCUUGGUACAUGGAUGAUAGCCAAGAUGAUCAGCGACUUCCUCACCACAAGGAUCCUAAAGAGUUUAUCUCUCUCGACAAACUUGCAGAGCUUGGAGUCCUUAGCUGGAGACUUGAUGCUGAUAACUACGAAACCGAUGAGGAGUUGAAAAAGAUCCGCGAGUCUCGUGGUUACUCCUACAUGGACUUUUGUGAGGUAUGCCCAGAGAAGCUUCCAAAUUAUGAAGAGAAAGUAAAGAGCUUCUUCGAGGAACAUCUCCACACUGAUGAAGAGAUCCGUUACUGCGUUGCAGGAAGUGGCUACUUUGAUGUGAGGGAUCGCAACGAAGCUUGGAUCAGAGUUUGGGUGAAGAAGGGAGGAAUGAUAGUCUUGCCUGCUGGAAUUUAUCAUCGCUUCACCGUGGAUUCUGACAACUAUAUCAAGGCAAUGCGUCUUUUCGUGGGUGAACCGGUGUGGACACCAUACAAUCGUCCACACGACCAUCUUCCUGCAAGGAAAGAAUAUGUUGAUAACUUCGUGAAGAAAGCCAUUAACGCCUCUGCUUAGAGAGCGCGCUCUCUCUCCUGCUUCCAAAAAUAAGAGAGGUUCUAUAAUAAACUUGGCCUACAAUAAAGAGAGAUCUUGAAUCGAUAAUAUGCAUGUGGAGAAUGAUGGCUUUGGUAUGCAUGUGUUGUAUACUUAUUAAUAACACUCUGUUCGUCUUUAUUUACAAUCUUUGCCGUGUCCGUUUUACGAUAAAUUGUAUCGACUCAGUUUGAUCAUAUAUUUUCCUGCGUACGUUUC